UCUUCUCCUCUAUCAUUUGCUUUCAACGCUCUCUUGCGCUGCGACGUAGGGAGCUUUUUGUUUAGCGAUUCUCAACUAGUCUUCUUUUUAAGCUUACAGGUUCUCUCCCGAGUUUUAUAAUGGGUAAGGAGAAGAUUCACAUUAACAUUGUGGUCAUUGGCCAUGUUGACUCUGGUAAGUCGACCACCACUGGUCAUUUGAUCUAUAAGCUUGGUGGUAUUGACAAGCGUGUGAUUGAGAGGUUCGAGAAGGAGGCUGCUGAAAUGAAUAAAAGGUCAUUCAAGUAUGCCUGGGUGCUCGACAAGCUCAAGGCUGAGCGUGAACGUGGUAUUACCAUUGAUAUUGCCUUGUGGAAGUUUGAGACCACCAAAUACUAUUGCACUGUCAUUGAUGCACCUGGACAUCGCGACUUUAUAAAGAACAUGAUCACUGGUACCUCACAGGCCGAUUGUGCGGUACUCAUUAUUGACUCAACCACUGGUGGCUUUGAAGCUGGUAUCUCUAAAGAUGGCCAGACACGUGAGCAUGCUCUGCUUGCAUUUACCCUUGGUGUCAAGCAGAUGAUUUGCUGCUGCAACAAGAUGGAUGCAACUACCCCGAAGUACUCUAAAGUGAGGUAUGAUGAAAUUGUCAAGGAAGUCUCUUCUUAUCUUAAGAAAGUUGGCUACAACCCAGAGAAGAUACCAUUUGUUCCCAUCUCUGGUUUUGAGGGUGAUAACAUGAUUGAAAGGUCUACAAACCUUGACUGGUACAAGGGUCCCACUCUCCUUGAGGCUCUUGACCAGAUCAAUGAGCCAAAGAGACCCUCAGACAAGCCACUCCGUCUCCCACUUCAGGAUGUCUACAAGAUUGGCGGAAUCGGAACUGUCCCUGUUGGUCGUGUUGAAACUGGUGUCCUAAAGCCUGGUAUGGUUGUUACUUUUGGUCCCUCUGGUCUAACCACUGAAGUUAAGUCUGUCGAGAUGCACCAUGAAUCCCUCCCAGAAGCUCUCCCCGGUGACAAUGUUGGGUUCAAUGUUAAGAAUGUUGCUGUUAAGGAUCUUAAGCGUGGUUUUGUUGCGUCAAACUCCAAGGAUGAUCCUGCCAAGGAAGCUGCCAACUUCACCUCCCAGGUGAUCAUCAUGAACCACCCUGGCCAAAUUGGAAAUGGAUAUGCCCCCGUCCUUGACUGCCACACCUCCCACAUUGCUGUCAAAUUUGCUGAACUGUUGACCAAGAUCGAUAGACGAUCUGGUAAAGAACUUGAGAAGGAGCCUAAGUUCUUGAAAAACGGUGAUGCCGGGAUGGUGAAGAUGGUUCCCACCAAGCCCAUGGUUGUUGAGACUUUUUCCGGGUACCCACCUCUUGGACGUUUUGCCGUUCGUGACAUGCGCCAGACUGUUGCUGUCGGUGUCAUCAAGAGUGUUGAGAAGAAGGAUCCAACUGGUGCCAAGGUCACCAAGUCUGCUGCCAAGAAGAAAUGAGGUGGUUACAUUUGAUAGAGAUAUUGCUUUUAUUACAUCUAGGACAACUAUC